UUUGUUCAUUUUUAUUCAAAAAAUUCCCCAAAAAAAAUUAAAAUCUCUCUUUUCUCUCUCUAAUGGCGGCGACAUUAGGCAGAGACCAGUAUGUGUACAUGGCGAAGCUCGCCGAGCAGGCGGAGCGUUACGAGGAGAUGGUCCAGUUCAUGGAGCAGCUCGUUACAGGCGCCACUCCGGCGGAGGAGCUCACCGUGGAGGAGAGGAAUCUUCUCUCAGUCGCGUACAAGAACGUGAUCGGAUCUCUACGCGCCGCCUGGAGGAUCGUGUCCUCGAUUGAGCAGAAGGAAGAGGGCCGGAAGAACGAAGAGCACGUGUCGCUCGUCAAGGAUUACAGAUCUAAGGUGGAGACGGAGCUUUCCUCCGUCUGCUCCGGGAUCCUCAGGCUCCUCGACUCGCAUCUGAUCCCAUCCGCCGCCGCGAGCGAGUCUAAGGUUUUUUACCUGAAGAUGAAGGGCGACUAUCAUCGCUACAUGGCUGAGUUUAAGUCUGGAGACGAGAGGAAAGCAGCUGCUGAAGAUACCAUGCUCGCUUACAAGGCAGCUCAGGAUAUCGCAGCUGCUGAUAUGGCGCCUACUCAUCCAAUAAGGCUUGGUCUUGCUCUGAAUUUCUCAGUGUUCUACUAUGAGAUCCUCAAUUCCUCAGACAAAGCUUGCAACAUGGCCAAACAGGCUUUUGAAGAAGCCAUAGCUGAGCUUGACACACUGGGAGAGGAGUCUUACAAAGACAGCACUCUCAUAAUGCAGCUGCUGAGGGAUAAUCUAACCCUUUGGACCUCCGAUAUGCAGGAGCAGAUGGACGAGGCCUGAGGAUCUUGGGGAGGGUGGAGAGUGUUAUGCGCGCUGUUUCCGCCACCAUCUCAAAAUCCCCAUAACCUUUGUGUUAAACUGUGAAAAAAAUAUAUAUUUGUGUUUAUGAUGAUUAUGUGCACAGCUUGGUGAUUUAUCUACUCUGCUAGAACUAUGUUCUCUUAAAGUUUGUCAUAUCUCGACUUUGCUUUAGCCUUGAAUCUCUUUCUCCU